CAAUGUAGUUGAGUAGUGGGUGUAAGUUUUAAGUAAAUGGAAUAGUGGUAUUUGAUAGUGUGUCACGUGUAUUUUUAAGAAGUAAGGAAAGAUAAAAAAAGUAAAACACAUGUACUUCAAAGAAAGGUUAAGAGGAAAUCCUCUUAACUAUCUCCAUAUUUGAACCAUCAAGUCAAAUUCUCUAGAACAUCCCAUAUGUGAAGGUAACUCAUAAACCUUGUCACUUGUUCUAAGUUACUUUCACUUUUCCAUACAAAUAGUUGUUCCAUACUUGUAACACUUUGGGCGCUUUUACGGUUGGAACUUCAGAACUUUCUGCGGUUGGAACUAUCUUGGGCGCUUCUGUACUUGGAACGCCCUUGGGUGUUUCUGUGCUUGGAACACCCCUAGGCGCUUUUGUACUUGGAACGCCCCUGGGUGCUUUUGCGCUUGGAACGCCUCUAGGCGCUUCUAUACUUGGAACACCUUAGGUGCUUCUGUACUUGGAAUGCCCUUAAGAGCUUCUGUACUUGGAACACCCCUAGACGUUUCUACGCUUGAAACUUCCCUGAACGCUUCUGUACUUGGAACACCUUAGGCGUUUUUGUGCUUAGAAUACCCUUAGGUGCUUUUGCGUUUGGAAUGCCUCUGGGUGUUUUUGUGCUUGGAACAUCCUUAGGUGUUUUUGUGCUUGGAACGCCCCUGAGUGCUUCUGCGCUUAGAAUUCCCGUGGGCGCUUCUAUAUCUAGAACGUCCCUGGACGCUUCUGCGCUUGGAACACCUUGAGCGCUUCUGUACUUGGAAUGCUUCUGGGUGCUUCUGUACUUGGAAUGCUUCUGGGUGCUUCUGUAUUUGGAACACCCUAGGCAUUUUUGUACUUGGAAUGCUUCUGCAGUUGAAACGCCUUUGGGCGCUUCUAUACUUGGAACACCUUAGGCACUUCAGCACUUGGAACAUCUCAGGGAAUACUUGGAAUGUAAUUAUUUUGUAAAAUCAAAAUUAGGUAUCUACAAUGAGAAUAUGAUUCUCUAAUACAAGGGCUCCGGUGAUGAGGAGUAUGAUAAUGCUGCAACAAAGUCGUUCCAAUUCCUGAAAGCUCCAUCAGCUAGAGCUUCAUCUGUGGAACUAAACGCACUCUGAGGAGCAUCCAUCUCUCUCUCUUCCUCUUUUUAGUGUUUUUUUUUUUGGCGUUUGGUUAGAAGAAACUACGAAUUCGAGUAGUUUGUUGAAACGUUAGGUCUCUUUUUGGACUUUUGGAGCUGAAAUUGGACUAAAAUGGCGAUUCAAAAAUCUAAAAUCUGCAAUGAUUUUACCAUGUUCUAUAAGACAGGUUUUGGUAUUUAUUGUUAAUUGCUACUUUUUUCUGGACAAACUCUAAUUUUGAAAAUAGUAAUUAAAGUAUUCUUAUAACGUAUAAAAGGCUUGAUUAAAUUUCUUUUUAAGCGAUUUCUAGAUCAAAGUUUCUCUUUCUCAUUUAUUUAUGCAUCUGUACUUAUAAAGUUGAAAAUCGACUUUUUUUAAGCAUUAAAAAUACUUUUUGUAUGAAAAGUUGAAAUUUCAAAUUAAAAAUUAUUAUAUAUCCAGAAUAGGUUAAUAGUUUGGAGUCACAAAAAUGAUAUUUUAAUUUUAAUAUUUGAACACUUAAUUCAAGGACUAGAACAUAUAUUGUCAUGUGAAAGAUUGAGUUUUGAAUUUUUUUUAAUUAAAAACUGAAUAUCAUGCAAAUGUAACCAUAAAAAUGUUGAAAAUAGUUGUGACAUGUCACGUUCAGAUUCGAUUGAAUUUAAUAAAAACAAAUUUGUAAAGUUUUUUAAAUAAUUUUGAAAAAUGUAGGUAUUACGCUACUAUGGUCCUGCGCUUGGCCUUUGCUUUUGAUUUCUCCGCUGCCAUGUCCUCAGUUCCAAACAGAAAAGGUUUAGUCACUACUGAUAUGAUUUACUAGUCUCCAGUCACAUUUCCCCACUUGGCUCGCCUCGGCCUCCAUCAAUUUUAGUCAACCUCAAACGCUUCCAACGGACUGCCCACAUGCUCAUACCCAUUGACUAUCGUCCUUAACGACAAGCUUAGGCAACCACAAGUUCUCAUUGCUAACGUUUUGCAGGGGAAAAAAAAAACCAGUCCUUUUGUCUUGUUUUUCUUCUCUUACAUUCAACGUCAAUAAUCAUGUCUCAUUCAAUCGUUUGCAAUUCUGGCCAUCAUGGCUUCCUUUCAGUCUCAGACCAACUGUGAAAAACUGUUUCUUUCUCUUGUUUCUGUUUUCUUUCUUUUACUGUCACUGCCUCCCAUGUGUGCCGUAAACUCAGUUUCAGCUCCUUUGCCGUGCGGUAAAGAUUCUGGGCCUGAAGUUCCCACAAUCCCGUUACUUGGUUUGCUUCAACGUAUCCAGGAAACUGCUUUGAAAACUUAUAGGAAAUCAAGCUUUGAUCCUAAGGACUAUGUGGAUUUAUCAUUAAAGUUUAAUCUUUCAACCACUGUGGAGGCAUUCGAUAAACUUCCCAAGACUGCAAAUGAGUCCGUGUCUGUUAAGGAUUUGGAUGCUUUUAUAGUAAAGUACUUUAAAGGUGCAGGGGAGGAUCUCGUCUAUGCUGACCCAUUGGAUUUUGUACCUGCGCCUCAUGGCUUUUUGCCCAAGGUGAAGAACCCAGAGGUGAGGGCUUGGGCUUUGGAGGUUCAUGCUUUGUGGAAGAAUUUGAGUAAGAAAGUUUCGACCUCGGUUCAUUAACAUCCUGAAUUGCAUACUAUGCUUCCUUUGCCAGGGCCUGUCGUGAUUCCUGGUUCACAAUUCAGGGAGGUUUAUUAUUGGGAUUCUUACUGGGUUAUCAGGGGCCUGCUGGCAAGUAAAAUGUAUGAGACUGCAAAAGCAAUUGUGACUAAUCUCAUUUCCUUGCUAGAUACAUGUGGUCAUGUUCUUAAUGGUGCAAGAGCCUAUUAUACCAACCAAAGCCAGCCUUCCCUCCUGAGUGCAAUAGUUUAUGAAAUAUACAAUCGGACUGGUGAUAUGGAAUUGGUGAGGAAGGCUUUCCCACCACUGCUUAAAGAAUAUCAAUUUUGGAACUCAGAAAUACAUAAGGUGAUUAUCCGUGAUGCUGAGCAGGGGAAUCACUCUUUAAAUCGGUAUUAUGCAAUGUGGAACAAACCCAGGCCUGAAUCGUCAACCAUGGAUAAAAAAUUUGCUUCAAAGUUAUUGAAUGAUUCUGAGAAAUAGCAAUUUUACCGAGAGUUGGCUUAAACUGCUGAAUCUGGAUGGGAUUUCAGCACAAGAUGGAUGAGGAAUCCUUCUGAAUUUACAACUUUGGCUAAAAAAAUUUUACUUGUUGAUUUAAAUAUAUUCAUACUAAGGAUGGAACUUGACAUUGCCUUCUUCGCAAAAGUUGUUGGAGAGAAUACUGUUGCAGAAGAUUUCCUCAGAGCUUCUCAGACAAGACGGAAAGCAUUCAACUCUGUUUUUUGGAAUGAAAAGAUGGGACAAUGGCUGGAUUAUUGGCUCAAUAAUAAUGCUGCAUGCGAGGAAUCUCAGACUUGGGAAGCUCAGAACCAGAAUCAAAAUGUGUUUGCUUCAAACUUUGUUCCCUUGUGGAUUGAUUCGUUCAACUCAGAUACUCCUCUGGUAGAAAAGGUCACGAGAAGUCUUCAAAGUUCAGGCCUGUUAUGUGCUGCUGGAAUUGCAACCUCUUUGACAAAUUCAGGAAAUCAAUGGGACUUCCCAAAUGGUUGGGCUCCACUUCAACACAUGAUAGUUGAAGGUUUGUCAAGAUCUGGAUCGACAGAAGCAAGAUCAAUUGCAAAAGACAUUGCUGAGAGGUGGAUCAAAACCAACUACAUUGCCUACAAGAAGACAGGCGCAAUGCAUGAAAAAUAUGAUGUGGAAAAGUGUGGUGAAUACGGUGGUGGUGGUGAAUACAGACCCCAGACCGGUUUUGGUUGGUCCAAUGGAGUAGUGUUGGCAUUCUUGGAGGAGUUUGGAUGGCCUAAAGACCAAAAGAUAGACU